UCAACACCAACAUCAUGGCUUCGCGCAAGAAGAUGGAUUUGAUUCACCAAAAUGCGCUUCACGUCGAGAUGAUUCGAAAAGAAGAGAGACACCAGCAGCUGCACACGGAGUUCAGCAUUAACCCUCACCGGAAGCUGCACAUCCUGGCAGACAAGCCCAUGUCGAGAAAAACAGAGGACGCAGUUGUGGAAAACACUGACUUCAUCAAAGCCUUCCAUGAGGCCCGUCAGAAGCCCACCAAGAAAUAUGCAAGGCCUCAGACGGAGAGCCAGGAGAUUGGCUGGGUGUCGACGCCGCUGGUUCCAUCAAAUCGAAGUGACAACCGAUUGAAUUUCUACAGGCGCUGUAGUGACAUCACCAAGCAUCAAGAAUCCAUCUUGAAUUCAUCAAACUAA